GUGGUAUCGUUUUCGCGUUAUUGUCUUUCAGUUGCGUUAUUUUUCUUUUUACCUUGGUGCUUGCAAUAUACUCGUUCAGCAUGCCCUAUAGUGGAAAACGUUCGAAUUUCACUCGGGCCAAUACUGGUGAGGAUCAAACCCAUCGCGGAAAGUCGUGGCUCUCCACAGUAGCGGAUUGCCUUGGACGAACUACCCAGUCCGCCAGCGUAGAUUUCGAACGCAUUUACGACUCCAUGGGAUUCCCAAUGUUCAAAUACCAAACCGACUCCGAAAACUCGACCUACACAAACCAAGCAUCCCCAUCUUUCACUUCUCCUUCGGCUCGAUCGCACUCCCGCGGCACCCAAUACAACCCGCAAUUGCAUCAAUAUACUCCUCUCUCACGUCCCGUCCAUCCAAAUACCACGCCUCUGUUGUCUCUGAACAGCAAACAUGCGGAGGUUCAGUGUGGGCCGCCUAGCAAGAAUCCACUCGAUGAAUUGGCUACCGACGACGAUGAUAAUGAUACCUAUUAUACAGCGCUGGAUUCGUUUGUUGGUGAAGAUUGCCAUUUGACGACAUCAAGGCAUUCACGUACUUAUUAUGCGAUGCAAGCCGACAUCAAGUCGGGCUCGUCCAGUGGUGCUCGUAUUAAAACAGUACAUCCACAGGUUUAUUAUGCGCCGGGACGUGACAGCUUGCGUGCUUCCGAAAGAUCAACAACAGAUACAGCCACUGGAACAUCGCAGCAACUGCAAAACGAGGCUCAGCGACUGGAUAAAUUGUCUCGAGAUGUCGAAGAUAUCAAGAGACAGUUGCAAAGCAUAGGAAACCCUCCAUCAACCCCAUUCGUUGACCUAAUGCGAGACAAAGUGCCGUCAGAGACACCCGUCACACGAAUCCAACAUCAAACGCCACCGUCAUUCGAGGUGCCGCGGGUUCGCUUUGAGGAUCCAUCACCAUCCGAGAGUCCUAUCUCUCGGUUCCAACCGCAUUCACCGUUGAAGACACCUCGACCUCGCUUCAGCUCGGUCUCGCCGUCUUCACCGCAUUUCCCCAGCUCCCCUCCCGAUUCGCCGCUACGACCUCGAUCGACUCUCACUUCACGAGUUACCAAGGUACAACCCUCCAUUUCACUUCAUGGACACACUGAAGCAUCGCGAGUGAUUCCAGACUCGAAAUUCCUCCGCGAGGCUCUUGAUAAAACCCCUUCCUCGCAACACAAAGAUACCAUGCAAAAGAUUGUCAAUGCCAUCCCACAUGUUCGUCUUCGUCGCACCGAUACCAUCACGGAUCCGGAUGGAAUCACGCGGCCCAAUCCAUUCUGGAAUGAAAUUUACAAGAAAAGCAGACGUCGACAAUCUGUAAGUUGAAAAUCAUGGAUAUUCCUAUUAUGUCUGACGAAAAACAUGACCCAUUAACUAAACUUGGCACAGUAAUGAAAAAACAUUCCAUGUGUGUGUGGCAUCUUUUUCCUUAUGCAAUAAUUCGAAAAACUUUCUAUAUGAAGCAGAAGAUGGUAUGAACCAUCUCGUGCCUCGAAGCCCAUCAACUUAUGUACAGUCCAUUGUCACGCUCGUUUUCUCCGACAGUAGUAAAACAAAACAAACGCAGCAUUGUAAUUUUCUGUAAAGCAAUAUUCUUGACAAAUGAUUUGCACAAGAUUCUAUAUAAAACAAGGGAAACCCCAAAU